CCCAGUGAUAAAGCGACACGCUAGCUGCAAAUAGUGACCGAGAAAAACACACAUUUGUAGGAUUAUAGGUAAUAACGCUUGUGGGGGGAGAAAAUAUGUAGUUUUGAGGAUAGUUACGUUUAGCGUGCAAAAAAAAAAAACGUUUUUUGUUUUGUUUUGGGUUUUUUUUUACUCCCGUUUUGUUCUACUCCAACGUGUGACCGCCUUACGAAACUUGGGCAAGCAAGCUUCAAGUUAAAGAUAUUUAAAAGUGUCCAAUACCCGGAAUUGUGCGAGCGUGUUUAAUAAGAAAAGUGGAGGCACAAUGUUGAACGCCACGAAUGGCGACCCCGGUCACGUUGUUGUCAAUUACGUGGAAGAGUAUUUGGACCUGGUGGAGUCGCUCCCCUUCGAUUUGCAGAGGAGCGUGUCCCUCAUGAAGGAAAUUGAUGCCAGAUAUCAAGACGUUCUGAAGGAGCUCGAGGACGCGUACGAGCGGUACCGCAAGGAGUCGGAUUCGCCCCAGAGGCGCAAGCUGCAGAUGUCGAUCCAGAGGGCGCUGAUCCGCAGCCAGGAGCUCGGAGAUGAGAAGAUUCAGAUUGCUGGACAAAUGGUGGAGUUGGUGGAGAACCGAACCCGGCAGUUGGAUUGGCAUUCCGAGCGACUCGUGUCCUCCCAAGAAGCGCCAGAGAGUCACGUCGCCACGCCGGCGUCCUUGGUGACCGCGGCGGCGUCCAUGAUCUUGUCGUCGUCGUCUGCCGCCGCGUUGAGCAAAACGGGCCACCACGACAAGAAGCGCGAAGAGGUCACCCCGAGCUCGGCGGGGGGAGACAAAGCCGGCGGCAAGCGCUCAAGGCGGCAGAAGAACGGCGACAGCAGGGAGAGCUACGGCGGCCUGGACGCCGCAGAGGACGUCGGCGCCGGUGCGUCCCGGGAGAAGAGGGCCAAGACGUCAUCUAAGAAGAAGAAGAGGUCCAAGGGGAAGUCGGAGCGGGAGGUGUCGCCGCCGGACCUGCCCAUCGACCCCGACGAGCCCACGUACUGCCUGUGCGAGCAGGUGUCUUACGGCGAGAUGAUCGGCUGCGACAACGACGAGUGUCCCAUCGAGUGGUUCCACUUCUCCUGCGUGGGCCUCCAUCACAAGCCCAAAGGCAAGUGGUACUGCCCAAAGUGUCGCGGCGAGAAUGAGAAGACCAUGGACAAAGCCCUGGAGAGGGCCAAGAAGGAGCGGGCGUACAACAGGUAGCCGUCCCCGGCACCCCCAAGAACACCGGCAUUUUUAAGUCUUAUUACCACCACUAGCUUUUGUCUGUAUUAUUGCGGAAUAGUUCUGUAAAUAGUUAUUUUUCUAUGACCGCCUCCUUCUCGUCGGGACGUCGUUCUGAAGCAGGGGUGGGGAAUCCGUUUUCGAGGAUAAAACGACGGGAACGGGCAGUCGUGUGAAACGAGGUCAGCCUCGUAGUUCUGAGGUGCGGCACUUGAACCCGCGCUCUGGCCUCCCACCUUUCAAAAACAUGCUCAUUAGGCUUCUUAAGGAUUCGUCUUUACGUGGGAAUGUGCUGAUAAAUGGUUGUCUGUCUUUAUAUAUGUAUUUCAUAUGUAUGUGCCAAGUGAUUGGUUGACAGCCAUUCCAGGUUGUACUCUGCCUCAUACCCAAAGUUAGCCGGAACUGACUCCAGCUCACCCGCAUCCUGACGAUAAACGGUUAUAAUAAAUGGAUGAAUGAUUCAAUAAUAACCUGACUAGUGUUAACAUAUUAUGAGCACUUACGGAGUCCAGGGGUUUUUAUAACGGUUGAUUAAAGGUGUUUUCUGUAAUUACAAGGCGGAUUAAAUACUUUCACGGGUCCCCCACCCUUGCACAACGUGCAUGUUCAUCGGCGGACGUCCUCCACUUUCGUCUAAUUUUUCCACGUGCACGCGGGAUCUCCCAUUCAAGUGUGUCCAGUUAAAUAAAUGACUCUUGAAAAAACAUGGGUAUUGUUUUCAUAAGAUUUUAAGUGGUAUUUAGUAUCCAGCGGUGCUUCGGUGACAACUGUCACAAAAGUAUAAAGUAAGCCAAACUACCGUAAUUUCCGGCCUAUAAACCGCAACGUUUUUCACACGCUUUCAACGUUGCGGUGAUGCAGGUAAUGUAAUUUUGUGCAUUUUUUUUUUUUCUACCAGCCGCAAGGGGGCACUCAAGCGGAAAAGGUAAGAGUGAGACCGGUGGAAUAUAUGUCCCGAGAAAGUGACUUUUACCAGUCCGGCCCUGUCAGCAUUGUGCUAGCGUGUUACUGCUGUGUCUCAAUGUUGUUGUUUUUUUUUGUUUUGUUUUUUUUAACUGUCCCUGUUAGCGCGGAGUCUUUCUUUGUAAAUCUCUCGUGUUUCAAUGUGGGCACUUACGGCUUUCACACAGCUGCGGCGUAUGUAUGUACCAAAUGGUAUUUCCUUUACAAAUGUACUGGGUGAGGCCGGGAAUUACGGUAAUUAUAAAUUGUUCAGCCAAGGAACACUGCACCUUUGACAAGUGACUAUUUUGUGGCAGGUGCCGGACUGUUCGGCAACAAGUGAGAAAUUACAAUAAAAAUAAAAUAAAAAUUAGCGCACGCCGCCAGUCACGUAACCAGAUAGAAAUAGGAACUGGAAUCAAAACCAAAAUAAGAAGCGGCUUUUCUGAUCAGCCGGCCGCAUGACUGCUGGUUAUCUCCAUGAUGACACAAUAAAUAUUCAGUCAUUCCAGAUGAGAAUAUUUGGGACAUCACGUGUUGCAUGUGUACAUUUAAAGCAGUUUUUUUUUUUUUUUUUUCCCCAAGCUUUUAUGUAGUAUCUGUACCGAUAGCAACCAUCCACUUGUCCUCAUUCCCGUCAUGGGGACUCGGACCAAAGAGGUCCACCCAGGACUGGUCAUCAAGUCAAUCGCAAGACCGGAAGUGCCGGUCAAACAAAGCAUUCUUCAAUGCUAAGUCGGUUGGAGACGACGCGAAAAUACGUCUGGUAACACGACGCCCAGAGUUUUCUCCGAAGGUGAUAAUAAACAAAGGUACGUGGAAAAAUGGAGACUAUUGGCACAGAGGACCAAUAUUUAAUGCCGAAGUCGAUGUUUUCGCCGAUAAGAAAUUGGACUGUUAACCCGCUUCCGCUUGUCUUGGACAACUGGAUCUACACACGGAUCUGGUGAGUAAGUCGUCGAGAUUUACACGGAAGAGUGUGAAAGCGUAUAAAAGUCUGGACGCAUACAAAUACUUCGUUGCUGGAUCUUUUGUCAAUCAAGAAGAAAUCCCGCGUAGUGAUUGAGCCACUCAGAUUUUUCCAAUACAAAUACCAAUGUUUAAAUAAAUGACCCCUGGUUUUACACAAACUCACAUUCAUUAACUAUGAUUGGGAGAAAAGAAAAAGACAGUCGGCUCCUCCGUACACAGAAGUGUGUUGUGGCCACACGUUAAUCU